GAAAUGUAUGAAACACGGGCGAUGACAAAUAUCGUCAAAGAUAAAACUGUAUUAAGUGAUGUUCAUACUCAAGACUUAGCCAACUCGUAUGCUGGAAAUAGCAAUAAACGGCAACACCCUGAAAAUACACAUACUAUGAACCCAAAACAAAGGAGAAUUGCUGAUAACGAUACUGGUGACAAAUCAGAGACAGAUCCGAAUGAUGAGGUGGAUUUUGAUUACAACAAAGUAUCCAGUAUGGAUUCAAACAUCGAUAGCGAUGCCGAUGAUCAUAAGGUAUUCCGGGAUUAUGACGAGUACUGCGAAGAAGAAAUCUCAAUAGAAAAGACCUUAACUGAUCCCAUUAAAAGUUGGAUUUUGUCGAGUGGGAGAGAUGUUAGUGUAAUAUUGUCUAAAUACCGUGAAAAAAUUCCUCGCACAAAGGCAUACCUCUAUCCGGCUUAUUUUGGAAUAUUAGAUCUUUCUGGAGAGGAUAUCGAAGUAAAAAAUUUGUUUAUAGAUGACGAAUGGAAUGAGAUGAUUAAAGAUUUAAAA